CCGCCCCCGUCUUGUCCCUCUUUUUCUGCAGCCUUGAGAGCGGUCGCAUUAAAGAGCGCUCACGUUGCCUGCGGCUCCUGGUCCUUGUCCUCCCGGUCUUGUCCUCCCGGUCCUCCUGCUGCUCGCCGCCGCCACCGUCACCGCCGCCGCCAUGCCCGGAGGUCUGCUGCUCGGAGACGAGGCCCCCAACUUCGAGGCGGACACCACGGUCGGCCGCAUCCGUUUCCACGACUUCCUCGGAGACUCAUGGGGCAUCCUGUUCUCCCACCCUCGGGAUUUUACUCCAGUGUGUACAACAGAGCUGGGCCGUGCUGCAAAGCUGGCCCCAGAAUUUGCGAAGCGGAAUGUUAAGAUGAUUGCCCUUUCUAUUGACUCUGUCCAAGACCAUCUUGCCUGGAGUAAGGAUAUCAAUGCAUACAAUGGAGACGAGCCCACAGAGAAGCUGCCUUUCCCCAUCAUCGAUGAUCACAACCGGGACCUUGCCAUCAAGUUGGGCAUGUUAGACCCAGAUGAACGGGACGGGCAGGGCAUGCCUCUGACAGCUCGUGUGGUAUUUAUUUUUGGCCCCGAUAAGAAGUUGAAGCUGUCUGUCCUUUACCCAGCAACUACGGGCAGGAACUUUGACGAGAUCCUCAGAGUGGUUGAUUCCCUUCAGUUGACUGCAUACAAGAAGGUUGCUACUCCUGUUGACUGGAAAUGUGGGGAUAGUGUCAUGGUUGUUCCAACUAUCUCUGAAGAGGAAGCCAAAAAACUGUUCCCCAAAGGCGUCUUCACCAAAGAGCUCCCAUCAGGCAAGAAAUACCUACGGUAUACCCCUCAGCCGUAGGUUAUGCCGGGAGGACCAUGCUGGGGUCUGGCUGGAGCGCCCUUGAAGACCUCUACCAGAAGGGAUACCAGCCUGCCAAUCGUGUCUUCCUACAGUAAUUGAUUUAAACAUCUCGGGGUGAUGAAAGGAGUUUGGGGGCUGCUCUACUAAUGGCUUGUUAAAUGAAAAUGGCACUAAAAGUCACCCAUGAUUCCUCUCCUUGUGCCUUUACCAGCAUUUCACUUGGGUCACUGAACUAAAGCUCCCUUGUUGCUCUGCUGGCUCUCUCUGGGAUGGCACUAUUUGGGACUUUAGUCUUUGUGAGAUCUGUUGCAGUCUCCAUCAGCCAGCUAGUAUGGUUGGCAUUUAGAAAAGGGACUACUUAGGAGCAUUGCAGGAAUAGGACUUCUUUAACUGACCUGAUAUACAAGUCAUCUCUUUUUCUAAUUAUCCAUUUGAGGGAGGAGACAAUUUAACAUGUCUGAUUUUGAGCUUCACCUCCCUUAGUUUAUGACCAACAAUUUGUAAUGAUUUAUUUGGUUUUUUUUUCCUCUAAUGUUGAGUGUUCUGACCACAGUUAGGAAAAAGUUGGAGAGUAACAGGAAAGCAGAAUACAACCUUAAAAUACUUUGUUAGAUUGGGCAAAAGAGCUUUCUAAUUAUGUUACAGUGUGUGGUUGAGACUACAGUGCCUGCUAAGUGAUGUGCAGGAUGGUGGAGGGCCAUGAUUAUGGGUGCCUUUUUUAAACAAGUCACGUAUCUAGACACGGGAAACUGCUCUUAAAUGUUCAUAAUAAGAUGAAAGCAUGUAUACUCAAGGGAAAGGAAGGGAUAAAUAUACUAUUUCUUUACUAUAAAAUGUUGUCUCUGCAGUGGAUUGUUUUCUGAUAUUUUGCCUUUAGGGGAGCCACAAAUAAAAGCAUUUUGAAACUAGGU